AUGGAAGCUAUGGGAGAAUGGAGCACCAGCUUAGGCGGAAUGUACACAGAGGAAGCUGACUUCAUGAAUCAGCUCCUUGCCUCUUAUGAUCAACCCUGUGGCGGUUCGUCCCCAGAGACAACCGCCACAGUCGCAACAUACCAUCCCGAAAACGCUCAAUGGGCCGGCGGGUUCUGCUUCUCUCAGGAGAGCAGUAGCUACAGCGCUGGGCAUAGUGGCUACUAUGCGGUAAUGCCACCGCGAGAAAAAAUCAACAAUGGGAUGGAAGAUGUGACGAUCAACACGAACUUGUAUCUGGUGGGUGAGGAGACGAGUGAGUGUGAAGUGGCGAAAUACUCCGCUAAGAGCCUUCUGCCUUUAGAGACUGUAGAAGAGAAUCAUGAUGAAACCUCAUUGGCCCCGGAGGAUGAUCAGAAAAUGUUCAACGCAUGCGAGGGUUCUAAGAAGAGGUCGCGUGCCAUAACAACUGACAAGAACAAGAGAACCAGCAAGACACGGAGGAUUCAAAAAGUCAUGGAGAUGAGUGUCAAUAAUAACAAUAGCGUCGGAGAAGUACAGACGGAGAAGGCUGGGAGGAAGAGAAACACCAAAGCACUUAAGAUUCAGAAAACUUGUUAUUCGGAUGACGAAGCAAAUGGUGAAGACACUUCCUCCUGCAAAGAAGGUGGUGAAGACUGUAAGGCUCUAAACCUCAAUGGCAAGACUAGGGCUAGCCGCGGCGCUGCCACCGACCCUCAGAGCCUCUACGCAAGGAAAAGAAGAGAGAGGAUAAACGAGAGGCUAAAGAUUUUACAAAACCUCGUCCCUAAUGGAACAAAGGUCGAUAUUAGCACGAUGUUGGAGGAAGCAGUACAAUACGUCAAAUUUCUGCAGCUCCAAAUUAAAUUGUUGAGCUCUGAUGAUUUAUGGAUGUACGCGCCCAUUGCCUACAACGGGAUGGACAUUGGCCUUGACAUGAAACUCAACUCACUCAUUUGA